AUGAAUUAUCAAUUUGAGUGUACAGAAAAUUACGGAUAUUUAAUAUCUUCUAUUUUCGGUAAAGAACUUUCACUUUAUAAAGAAGAAGACUACAACAGUCUCAAACAGUGUGAGAAUAUAGAAGAAUUUUCUAUAAAACUUAUGAAAAAUUAUAAAUUUAUUACAGAAGACAUGGAGUUGACUAAAAAUGAGAUUAGAAAGAGACUUAAUAAGACUAUAUUACAGGAAUAUAAUAGCUGUAUGUCUUUUUGUAAUGAUAAUACACUAAAAAUAUUACUUGAUUAUUGGAUUGAGAAUCACAUGAUACACAACUUCUUUUUUCUUCUACAGUCUAAGAUGGGAGACCCAGAACUAGAAAAAUCAUAUAAUAAAAUAGAGAUAGGAGAUUUUAACGCACUUAAGACCCUUAAGUUUUGUAAAGAUAUGCAUGAUGUAAGAAUGUUCUGUGUUGAAAAUUCAUUUCUUAAGAAAUAUUUCUACAGAGUGAAAUGGGCUACUGAUUUUAAAGAUAAUGAUUUCCAAAAAUAUCAGGCUUUAUUUCUUAAGUAUCUUAUAGAAGAUACAUAUGAGUCACUAAAGGAUACAGAUAUUUUUAUGAAAGAAAUCCUAAGAGUAGAAGCAGAUAGAUAUAUUUUAGAUAUGACUAUUAAUACACUAAAUACUAACACUGAUAGAAAGAGUCUAUUUCCUAAUAUAACAUCUUUUGAUGGUAAGACUAUCGAGUUAUUUAUAAAAGCUGAAACAUUAGAUGAUAUUGUAAAUUUUAAGUACAGUGACUUUAUGGAAAGGGAAUUAGAAAAAUAUAAGGAGUCAUUUAGAAUACAUAAUGAUGUAACAUGUGUUUAUGCAUAUUUGAAACUUAAAGAGCAAGAAGUAAAAAAUAUUUUGUGGAUAAUUGAGUGUGUACUACAAAAUAGAAGAUCAGAAUUAGAAAAUAUUUUUAAUAAAUAA